AUGACUGGCACUUUACCUAAUGCUCGAGCCUUGCCGCUCCCCGAGUCCACGCGAAAGCUGCACCAGCUCAACCAACAGUACAGUGUUGGCGGCAUCAACUCGGUGGCCGUAUAUUUUGCUUCUGGAAAGGGCGCCACUCUGAUUGAUUCGGAAGGCAGAGAGCUACUUGAUUUUGUCAAUGGUUUUAGCUCUACCAACCUGGGGCAAUGCCACCCCCGCAUAGUGGCGGCUCAGGUCAACACCGCAAACAAGAUUACUCUCGCCAACAUUGGUGGCAUGUCCCAAGAGUGGCCCGUGCUUGCAGAGAAGCUGUGCCGCAAAUUUGGGUACGACAAGGUUGCGGCUGCGGUGACGGGCUCCGAGGCGGCCGACACAGCUUGUAAACUGGCCCGUGGCUGGGGAAUCAAUGUCAAGAAGAUUGAUCCUCAGGAUGUGCUCGUCCUUGGAACCUCAGAAAACUACCACGGUACCAUCACGGGCGUAUGGCCGCUCAUGGAGCCCGGAGCAGGUCAAGAAGUGUAUGGUACCUUUAGUAAGAACCUGACGAACAUCAACCCAAAAACUGGCAAAGUUCUUCGUUAUCUUCACGCUGAAGAUUAUGCCGAGAUCUUUGAGCAAAUGGGAGAGCGCAUUGCUGCUGUCAUCAUGGAGCCGCUCCAUGGAUUAGCCAAGUCCAAAGAUGAUGAAGUCAACUUCUGUAUUAAGGUUCGCCAGCUGUGCAAAAAGCACAAUAUUCUCUACAUCGCCGACGAGAUCCGCAUGGGCUCCUGUAAGACGGGCAAAUUCCUCAGUUCGGACUGGUUGGGGCCCGAGAACAAGCCAGACAUGGUUACUAUUGGCAAAUCAAUCAGUGGCGGAGCCUAUCCAGCUUCCUUUAUCCUUGGUCCUGACGAGGUGAUGGGGCAAAUGAAGCCUUACCACGGAAUCCACACCUUCGCAAUGACCAGCAUGGCAUGUGCGACUGUUCUAGCUGCUCUGGAAGUCUACGAGGAAGAAAAGCUGCAUGAAAGAGCUCUUGCUAUCCAAGAAAAAUGGGUCAAAGAGACGUCUACGUGGGAUUUCCCAUACCUCAAAUACUGCCCAUCGUAUGGAGCCGACUUUAGUCUUGUUCUAGACCUAGCACAUGAAGGCAUCACGUCUCGCAGGUUUUGUCUGCUGUCCGCAAGCAAGGGACUGCUUUCCGCCACCGGCCCGAAUGGACGAGUGCGUCUGGGAGCAUCACUGAUCAUCAACGACGAGGAUCUGCUGCGAGGCUUUCAAAUCAUCAAGGAGACACUGGCGGAUCUACCCAAUUACGGGCAGAUUGAGGGUUCGGAGGUUCCCCUAGGCGCUUUCUAG